GUUGAUCAGACAGCAGGAUGGACUCAACCUCUGCUGCUCAUCCGCAUCUUUCUGAGUUUGAGAUUUGGUGGAGGGACCAUUACGACUUCUUCAAAGACAAGGGCUAUAAGCUACGGAGUCGCUACAGUCCGGAUUGGGUGCCCUCUUGGACGAAUACCAAGAAAGAUGACAUAGAAUGUGAGGAUGGAAUCAUGCCACGACACCAUUCUUUGCUAGAUGCACGGCGAACUCAAGACGGCGCUCGCGUAUCACUUAAACUUAUAGAGGUGUCGCGACACCCUUACGAAAUAGAAAUUGGUCGCUAUUUCUGUAGCGCUCCUCUUAGUGAAGAUCCAGCCAACCAUUGCGUGCCAAUAUACGCCGUUUUGGAGGUGCCCGACGACAAUUCUCUUGCGAUAAUUGUCAUGCCGUUACUUCGAAGAAUCACGGAUCCCUAUUUUGACACGGUCGGGGAAGUGGUAGACUGUAUACACCAACUUUUGGAGGGGCUGCGCUUCAUGCACAGAUAUCACGUCGCUCACCGGGACUGCAUGCAGCUAAACAUACUGAUGGAUGGCAGCAUGUACACAGACGCAUGGCAUCCAAGCGAACAAUAUAUGUCCGAGGACUUCAAACGCCCGGCUAGGCAUCGCACACGCACGCAGUGUCCGCCACGAUAUUAUUACAUUGACUUUGGCAUUUCCCGCAAAUAUGAUGCAUCCAAUACCAAUCCACUAGAAAUCCCCAUAUAUGGCGGAGAUAAAGGGGUGCCAGAGUUUGCGGAAGCCUACACCAAACCUUGGAACCCUUUCCCAACUGAUGUUUGGUAUCUUGGGCAUGCUAUUCAAGAAACAUUUCUCGAUCGCUACUUAGGUGUGGAAUUCUUGCGCAGUUUGGCAACGGAUAUGAUGCACUCGGAUCCAACGCAACGUCCGAACAUGGACGAAGUUUUUUCUCGAUUCCAGGUUCUGCGUCAGGGUCUCAGUAAAUGGAAAUUACGCUCGCGUGUGGCUCAUGAUGACGAGAGGUCUCUUUUUGAUUUCCUGGUCCACUGGGCCCGUCGCAUCCAGUACAUAGUACGCAGAAUUCCCCCAACGCAUACCUCGCCGUCAUAGAGUGGACUCCUUUGUAACUAGUCUCCUACAAUGCACGAGUUUUCCGUCCCUGAGUCUUCGCAUUCAUAGAGUGUGAGGUGUCAUGGUGCCUCUACGCUACACACUUGACUGCACAUCGUCAGAUGCCAUUCAAAUCGGUGAACCGAUAUAUGACAACAUCUUCUCACCGGUUCUCUAAUCUUACUGACCGUCAGGGUGCUGACUGACGUUCCCGUCAAUAUCGCAUUUACAACGAUGUCAGCCGAGAAAAGUCAGGACGGCCACAACAAGGUUCCUCAACG